UUAGUCUUUAACAAUCCAAUGCUGAUCACAGAGUGAGUCCAGACAUUUGUCGGGCAACAUGCAGGGAGAAACAAGUGUAAUAAGAGAAGGAUUCCUGGUCAAACGGGGUCAUAUUGUGCACAACUGGAAAGCACGCUGGUUUGUAUUGUCAAAAGAUCAACUUCUCUACUAUAAAAUUGAAGGAGGAAAGAAGGAGUCUCGUCCCAGGGGCAUUAUUUCUUUGGUAGGAUGUACAGUCUAUUGUCCCUGCCUGGAUUAUGAAAACAGACCGCUGGUGAUAAAAUUGAAGGCAAAGAAUUCUGUAGAGCAUUUCCUUGAAGCUUCCUGUCGUGAGCAACGAGAUUCAUGGGCUGAAGACAUUAAUACCAUGAUCAAGGCCUCAAACCCGGAACAUCAAAACCAACCGAGUUCUUUAGAUGCAUCCUUUGAAGAAUCAACAAAUAUCUGCCUGAGUCACUUAAUCAGGGAAAUGAAAGAAAGCAACAGUGGGAUCAAGGAGAUGACAAAUGGAGAAUAUGGGAACACUUACAAACAAUGCUUUGCCGGUUCAACAGUGAUUGACUGGUUGGUAUCCAGAAACAUAGCCCAUUCCCGUUCAAAUGCCGUUACUAUAGCUUCCCUUCUAAUCGAAGAUGAUCUCAUCAAACCAGUUGGAGAUAAAAGCACAAAGGCCAGAUUGAAUGUCGUCAGCACAGAGCAGUUCCUUGAUGAUUCCACAGCACUGUAUUGUUUUGCAAAAAGUUUGAAGAAGACAGAUAAUUCAAGCGAUAACAUUGAAAUACCUCACAUGGAUCUCAGUGGCAAGAUUGUUAAGCAGGGGUUUUUGAUGAAACAGGGACACAAAAGAAAGAACUGGAAAGUGAGAAGAUUUGUUCUGAGGGAAGAUCCUUCACAUCUACAUUACUAUGAUCCCUGCAAGGAAAAAAAUAAUGAACCAGUUGGAGGUAUGUCACUUCGAGGUUGCUUGGUAUCUGCAUUGGAAGACAAUGGAAUUCCACCAGGAAUAAAGGGGAACGUUCAGGGCAAUCUCUUCAAGAUCAUAACGACAAAUGAUGUGCAUUAUUAUAUACAAGCUGGCUCCCACGCUGAAAGAUCAGAGUGGAUUCGGGCAAUCAAGCAAGUAUCAUAAAAGUCUGUCCAAACACCCUCAGUUGGACAGUAGAACACAAGCAAUGAACUGGGAAACUAUUUCAAUGAUCUUCAGUCUCAUCAUAGUUGGUCUUCUCUAAGUAGUUCUACGUCAACAGAAAAGAUGGUCUUGAAUAUGUAAACAUUUCCUGUGUGUUACUUUUCUGACUGGCACAUUAAGAGAAAUACAUCCACUGACUUUCAGGUGUGUCACUGGAAGAAUGAGUGAAUAUGAUGGACUUUGGAUACAAAAGUGGGAUGGAUACCAGGUUGUAAUCUUCUCUGCCUGUAACUCUUCUAUGAAGAUGUAUCUGACAACAAUCUAAAGUCUCUAACAUCUAUACUCACAUCAAUAAUGCCUUUCAGUGCAAUCUCAGACAAGAGAGAAAGCCUGACCCUUACGUCACUAUUUAUUUUUCCAAAUUAUUGUUAAUGCACUUUAUUCUUCUAAGUAUUGUUUUGAGUUUUUAUUAUUACCACUUUAAUGUGUAUUCUGCAUGUAAAUAUCAAAUGCAAAUAACUGAUGCAUUCGGACUUGCUUUCCUCUAAUUGUUACUCAGUGCAAGUUAAAGUUGGCCUGCAAUUUUGAGUGUAAUUAAAGGAGCAUUAUAAUAAUUAAAGGGGGCAGCUGGCUUAUCUCUCAUCUCUGGCCUAUCUUCACUCAACUGAUGUUGCCAUUGAGACUUGCAGCAAGCAGAGUAGGGAGUUGGGAAUAUUAGCUGGGUUCUCUUUUAAGUUGUUCACCUGAAAUGAUAAUCAGCAGAAUAAACUUGGCAGGUGGGUGCAUUUUUACUAUUAGCAAAAACUUUGCUUAUAUUCUUGAUAGCACUGGAAUUGAGCAGAAAAUAUACAUUACUCCAGAGCAGUGUCUUCUGCUUGAUUCCACUGGUAUCAAGAUAGGAUUAGUUGGAGCAGAAAACAAAGAUGCUGCAGGAAUCCUUGCUGGAAUUUGCUUCUCCUUGCCUUAAAUAGUAAAAGCAGUACAAAUCUGAAUGAUCCCGCAUUCAAUCCCUUGACUAUACCAUGUUGUCCAUGUGCACAAGUGAUGAGGUGGGGAGUUUGAAAUUGGUGGUUUCAAUGCUCUUAAUUUCAUGAGGAAUUAUUAGCCAGGAUUCCCACUUUUUAUUGCCUUCCUGAAACUAGUUCAAAUUGCACUUAAAUUAAAGAUCAUGUUUGUCAUUGAUGGCCCCAAUGCCCACCACCCUCUCAAUUUUUGGGAAUGAUCUAUUGCAGCUUCUAGAUAAACUAUAACCACUUGGGUGAGACGCAUGAGCAUUCCAAUUCAGGUAUCCAAAAGCAAAAGAAAAAUUGCAGAUGCUGGAAAUAAAAUCAACAUGUUGGAGAUAUUUAGCAGGACAGACAGAGUUAGUGUUUCAGGUCAAAGACCUUACCGCAGCAGGUGUCAAUAUUUAAUAGAAGACUCGUGAAAAAAAUUAGUGGCAACAGUUGGGAAAUAUGAUUUGUUGAAAAAAAAAUAAAAAUAGGCACAGCUAUUAAUACCUGCCUGGUGGCUUGUCCAGUAAGUAUUUUCAGUCUCCUCAACUGUGGAAGUGUGAGAGUCAAGUUUAAUUCUGUUACUAACCAAUGUUUACACAGGUCUUCUCACUGGAGGAGGCUGCUGGUAACAAUGCAAGAUGCUCAUCAGAACCACACUUGUCCUCAUCCAAUCAGCUUACAAAUGUGGUUUCUACAAGUGCAACUGGAUAGUGAGAAGGACUGCGAAGCCAGUUUGAUACUUUCUCUUAGUCUGCAGCCAAAAGAUUCACAAAUAGAGGAAACAGAAACUAUUAUUAAAUGCAUAUGAAAAUAAACAUAUUGUCUUGCAUUGACAAUACAUGGGAUUGAUUGAAAGUACUAAGAAGUAGAUGAAUAUAUUGCAAAUGCUUUCACAAUUUGAUGCCUAGUGGUUGCAGGUAUGUGUGGGUUCAAUAAUUCCAGGGGCAAAGGGCUAGAGAUCCUUUGAAGAUACCUUAUGAAUUCUGUAUUUACAAUGACCUGACUUACCUUGUCCCGGGGCAGACCAAAAGAUCCUCCAACCUGUUUUCCCUAUUCAUUGUAACCUUAAAUGAAAGUGCAGACAAAAUACAAGGUAUAGGACAUGCUACAACUUUUUAUAAAUAAAGUGACUAUAAAUGUGACACUAAAUGGAAUUCAACAGAACUUUAAACAAAAACAUUUCUGUCAAGGCAUUUGGGAGGGGAAAAAAAAGGAUUGGAAGGAAGGACUAAAGAGUAGAGCUAAGAAGAGGAAGAUUUGAAGAUGGAAAGGGAAGCAUUUGAGAUUAGAAGGCGAACAGAUGAAAUGGAAAGAUGUGGAACACUGCUCAGUUUUCUCAACAAAGAUAGCUGACAUUUUAGAGAAAAAAUCAUGUAAGAAUUGUGAACCCAGGAAUUUAUGUUCUUUAGUCAUUAACCAGCAAAAACUUUACCGGGGCAUUCCUUGCCUCUUUUUCAGUCCAUAGAAGAAUGAGUUUUGAAGGAAACAAAAACAUAAUUUGAUGAGUGCAUGCUGAGAUAAAUUGUAGCUACAAUCUGCAAUAAGUUGCAGACGGAAGCAUGGACUUCAGCCAUUAGUAUUUAAAGGAUGAACAUGAGAUGUAAAACUCAACAUGUUAUGAUCUCAGCUUUAAACAUCUCAAUUCCAUGAUCAUCCAUUUCCACCUCACAGAAUCUGUCAGCUGAACCAUCAACACAAUGCCCAUUCUUAACACCUGUUACCUCCUGCCAUCCGUUCGCUUGGCUUCCCAAAAGCUUCAAUCACCAUCCUGCAGAAACUGCAGCUUGCUCUAGAUUCUGCUGCAUACACACUAAACCAUUUAUAACCUUGUUUAUCUUUGUCCUUUCUCACAGACUUUCACUGAAUUUCUAUACAUCCACAGAUGAAGUUCAAAGUGUUUCCUAGCCUUACUCUAUUCUAUAAUCCUUCAUUCUGACUCAUGCCCGCUGACCACUAUGCAAGUGAUCUGGGUUUUGACAAGAAAAAAAACUGGACAAAAAUUAAGUUGACAUUGCCUUGUUUUUCCCAAUUCCUAUUUCUUCAUUUCUAAUCUGCCCAGUCUAAUAGUCUUUCACCAUUUUUUUCUGUAAUUGUCACAAAGGCAUGGUUCACAGUUCUUUUUUUUCUCAUUUUCAGAAGUGAUUAUCUUUGAUCUAUUGGUCAUUUUUGUCCUUGUUAACUUUCACUGUUCACAGCUGGUUCUCCUCCUUAUCACUUCAAGGCGGCUUUUUGAAACAGUGAAGGCACUUUUCAACCGCACAUUGCAUACGAUGGAGAUAAUUUCUUCUGACUCAUAAAAAGACAAACAUUGGAGAAACUAUAGUCUUCCUGCAUACUUCUUUCAUUUGGGAUAAUUUUAAAGAAGGUCAAAAGUUGAGAGAAAUUAUGGGGAGAGGAAUUCCUAACUACCUGAUUAAUAACCCUUAAUGGUAAAAAAAUGUCAGGAGGAAAUGGGAAAAUUAAAGGCCAAAUGUGGUCUUCAUAGUUGAUUAUAAAAAUUGCAACAAAAAUAUUCAGAAACAGGGCAUGAAAAAAAUAGAGAGAAAAUAACAGAUUUAAAAUUAAAAUGACAUGUAUCUCUCACAAAUGUGGAUCCCAAAACAUGAAAAUGUAUUUUCUGAAAAUGUACCAAACAAACAAAAAUGUAAGUUUUGGAUCUUGUAUAAAACCAGAUGAAGAUGAGAUACAGAUCACUGCAGAGUCCUGUUAAUCUCGAAGAUGUUGAGGGUGAACUUCCUGCACCACAAUGACUAAUAUAGCUUUAUAGUGUAAUGUUCCAGAUUUGACCCCAGGAUUGUGGUGAAGGAAUAUCAUCUUUAACUUUCUCAGAAGAACUCCAGAUUUCCCUGAAAAUUAGAAUUUUUGUUUAGAACCAUGGAAAUAUUAAUGAAAUCUCACUAAAAACUCUAACUGAGGUGUCACUUAUUUCAGAAUCGGAAUCACUUUAUUGCCAGUAUGUGAAUUGAUUGUGGUUCAGUGCCAAGCAUAAAACAUGGAACAAUACCAUAACAGAAAUGGUUUAAGAUGGCACUGGUGAUGCCCAGUGACGCCUUACAGGUGGUAAAAUAUAAAACAAAGAAAACUACAAAAUAACAAUGCCAACAAUGGAGAGGUAUGCAGAGGUGAGGCUAGGUGAGUGGAGGUGGGAACAAGGAAAGUCCUGAUGUCUGAUCGAUUUAAGCACUGGGCUGAAUUGGAAAGGUUGGGUACAGGCUGAAUUGUUUCGGUGGAGUUCAGGCCCCAGAGCUGUCCCAGAACGAGGAACGGCCCGAUGUUUGGAUGACUUAAGCACCGGGCCAGAUUGAAAAGGUCAGGGUGUUGGGACCAGAGGGAAGGGAUGAGCCAGUUCUGCUUGCUCUUCUGUGACGUUUAAUCAGCCCUGCGCCUCACUGAGGCUGUAGUUUGCUGCGGCUGCAGUGAUAACUGGCUUCGCGUCAGUGGUCCUGCGAUCUUUACUCAGCUCUGCAAUGAAUUGACCUAUGCCCUACUCCAGCUGCAGUGAUGUCUGGCUUUGUGUUUUCCAUAAAGCUUCAGAUCUGAAUGAUGUUUGCUUACUUUAUAGUUUGCACCAUUUUAUUUUGUUUCUGUGCAUUGGGUGUUGGUCGGUCUUUUUUUAUAAUGGGUUCUUUUGGGGUUUCUUUGUUUUGGUGCUCUCUGUAAGGAGGCUAAUCUCAAGGUUGUAUUAUGUGUACAUACUUUGAUAAUAAAUGUACUUUGAACUUUGACAAUAGAUGUACUUUGAACUUUGAAGAGUAGCAACCGACAAUUUACAAGGCAAUAGUGCAAACAUCAAUGACAAAUCAACAAAUUGCAGAAUGGUCACAUGCACAAAUGUCAAUAAUCAAACUUAAAUAAAUGUGAAUAUAUGAACAGACUCAAUAAUUAGCAACAGGAAAGACCAUUUAAUGUAUGUUGUGCAGGAACAGUUAGGAUAUUACACCUGAGUGAGUUUUGUUGAGAAGCUGGACAGCUACAGGAAAGAAGCUUUGGAGAUGAAAUGCAAUCCUGGUGAUGAUGGAUUUGUAGCGUCUCCUUGAUGGCAAUUUGGUGACUAGGUGGCUGCUAGCAUGGGUGGAGUCAGCAGUAAUUUUUUCACCUGUGGCAAUGAACAGGUAUUUUAAUGUCAAUUGCUGACAGUCAAUGAUCUUCUCUACCGGGUGGAGCACUCAGUGGAACCUGGACUUGAAGAAGGAGGUGGCAGAGGGCAACCAAGUGGAGAUAAGAGGUGGUCACAAUACUCUCAAUGAUGGCAGAUUAAAAAUUCAUCCGGAUACACCCUGAGAUGUUAAGUUUCCAAAGAACAAUCUCUGCUGGUUUUUUCUAGUGAUGAAUGUAACAUGCUUGUUCCACUUCAAUGGUAAUUGUAAUCCCCAGGAAUUUGAAUGACUCAACCACAGACACAGCCUGACCAUUAAUUUCCAAGGGGGGGGGGUUAGCAAGUAGGGUGUUGUUAGCAGAAGUCAAUCCUCAUUUCCACUAUCUCGAUAGCAUUAAGCUCCAAGUUGAUACGAGCUCACCAUGCUGCAAGACGGUCUACCUCCUCUCUUUAGGAGCAGGUCACAUCAUUGUUAGAGAUGAGGCUAACGAUAGUCACGUCAGAGUGUUAACUAAAACCAAUAUAGGAACCUUCCUAAACAAUGAAAAGCCGUGAGCACUCAUUUAAAAAAAGCAAUGUAAUAUCAUGCUUCAAUAUUCUAAAAACUCUGAUUUUUAUUAGUGAAUUCUUUCACCAGCCCCAUUUACUGUCGUUCUCUGCUGUUCUGUCUUCCCAGUUCACUGUGCAUUGACAUUAUAAUUUUACUUGCCUCUUUUUUCUGUUUACAAUAUUGUGGAGUGGUGACCACAAGCUUUGUUCACUACUUAAGAUAGAAUUCCAUGUCUACUCUGGAAUGACCUUGUUUACUUGCAGCUCUACGCCGCAGUCUCCACUUCCUGCAACUGUUUACUUAUCGAGGUGCUUCAGGCUUGCAUGGGUAGGCAUCAGAAAUAUGGACUGUUGAAAGUGUUUUUGAAUGAGUUCAAGCUGUAACAUCUAUGAAAAAAGGUUACAUGAAUUCUUCAGCAUUUAUUGUAUAGACUUUUCUUGUUUUAAACAGCUGGAUGUAAGGUUUGUAAGUAAAAAAUAAAAUUCCAUUAACAAUAAAAUAAUUCAGUUAUUUAAAAGUUUACUCGUGGCUGGAUAUUUUGUUAUAAAUAUGGAAAGUGUUAUGGGCCUUGGUGAAGGAAUUCAAAGAGUAUAGCUGCACAUGCUUGUUGACUGGUCUGAGAUUAGGUAACCAAGAUACAUGGAUCAAAGUGUUUGUCUGGUUCUUUAAGCCCUACCUCUUCAAAGCACAGGAUCACCAAUGGGUCCACAGCUAACACAGAUUAACAGUAUAGAGGCAAAGCAAAUUUGCUAUCUAUUUGUGUUGAACAAAUUGAAGAACACUAGUUAUGUAAAGUAGAUACAAUACAUAAUUGAUGUUUUUACUGGGUUCAGACCUUCUGAGGAAUUGUUGAGCAAGACAGGGCUUUUCUCUGUGGAGCAAAGAAGGAUGAGAGGAGACUUGAAAGAGAUGUGUAAGAUGAUAAGUGGCACAGAAUGACACCCAGCACCUUUUUCCCCAGGGUGGCAAUGGGAAAUAUGAGAUAACAAACUGUUAAGGUGACUGAAAGAAAGCAUAGGGAGGUCUGUCAGAGGUAGUAUUUUUUUUACACAUAGAGUGAUGGAAUGCACUGCCAGAGAUGGUAGUAGAGGCAAAUAUAUUUGGAAUGUUUAUGAGACUCUUAGAUAGGCACAUCUAUCUAGGAAAGAAAAAAUGCAGGGCUACAUGAGAGAGGAUGGUUAGAUUGAUGUCGGAUUAGGUUAAAAUGUGGUCACAACAUUGUGUGCUGAAGGGCUUGUACCGUACUGGGAAGUCCUGUUCUACGUUUGCUCGUUAUUUCCUUUGACUUCAACUCCUAUUCUACAAAGGCCCACAAUUGUUGUAUUAGUUCACAUCCCACUUCCACAUAUUUAAACUUCCUUAAGCUAUGCAUCAAUACAAUAUCCAUUAAAUAGAAAUGCCUUGAACUUUUCCUUAGCUUUCUACACAUUUUGUUUGAUGCUUAUGCCUCUAUUUCUAAUAAAUCUUCAAUGGUGAUCACUAAACUUGCCACACUCCAUGAAUCAGUGAGAUAAUUGUUUCUGUCAUGUACCAAGUGUACAAUGACAGUGUAAACUUGAACUGAAUGAGUCUAAACCUGCAAAAAAAGGAGAUACUGUAGCAGAUAUGUUAAAAAUGAUUGUUAACUAUGCAGAAUUCUAAUUAUUUAUUUAAUUAAUUGGGGGUGUUGUUUUGGCUACUCAGUAAUAGCUGCAGGUAUUGACUGGAAAUCAUUUAGUCAAUUAGUUCAGAGGUGAGUAAAUUGUUUGAAUGACAAUUGUGAUUAUUGUAUAAAACUGUAAAAUGCAGUGGAAAACCAGGAAUCAUGAUCAGUGAGAAAGUGGCCAGGAGAUGGUAGAAUUUAAUUGAAUGAGUAUAUUAAGUUUAAAAUGUUAACUUGAUCUGGUAACCAGACUUGUUUUAGUUAGUCACUGUAAGUGGUGUUAAAAUGGCCUUCAAUUGAAUACUUAAUACAGAAAGCCACUUACAGUAUGUAUUAUUGUAACAAUGGCAUUCUUGUGAAAUUUAAGAUAGGUCUCAUUCAAAUGACAAGUGAAAAGAUAUAGGUCUUCAUGCAGACGAAAUGCUACAUGACCUAUUUUUUUCACUGAAAAAUAGUGAGACUUAGUGAAUAUUUGAAGUAGAUGGAUUUACAUGUUUGGGUAAUGGAACUUCAUUUGGAUUGUUCAUCUGAGAUCCAGCACUGACAAUGGAUUGGACAAUUUCCUUAUGUGCAGUAAAUAUAUGCAGCUGAGGCCACACAAGAGCUGCUGUGAUUCAUCAACUGUAUCCAUUUCCAGCACCUUUGCUUGUUCUACCUGCUAGCUGCUCUGUCUUAAAAAUACUUCUUGUUGGGUUGCACAGAGGCUCAAGAAGAGGGAAAAUAAUUAUUGUACUUUGUUGUCUAAAUGCUGGCUUGAUAAGCAAAAUUUCUUUUCCAAAACACAAUACAUUGACAGGAGUUUUGGAAUCUGCUGUGACUCUAAUAUUUAACAUUUGACACCCUUAUUUGUAGUUCGGUCUUAAACCUUAGCUAAUACAAUGCAGUGUGAUCAACUUUGUUUUUAUAAAUUAUUUAACUUGAUAUGCAAAUUUUCCUCAUCUCCAUCAUACUUACUGGCAAUGAUCAUUUCCACGUUCACACUCAUAAAACUCAGCAACUUUUAGUUCUCCAGUGUUUUGUUGUGGUUAGAUUGUUUAUGUUGACACUGACUUUGUAGUUCAGCUGUGAAUGUACUCUCAGUUAUAAUUAUCAGUCCUUUUCACUCCUAGCUGCAAUAUUCAUGACAACAAAUAGUACCUGCUAUGUGACGGACAGAAUAACAAAUAAAUGGUGUGAGGAACAGGAGAGGAGAAAACAGCUCUAAUUCUAUUACAAUCCACAUAACGUGAACAUCUGUGGCCAUAACCAAUGAUAUUUCUAAAGGGGCACAAUUGAGAGCAUCCUGACAGGCUGCAUCACUGCCUGGUAUGGGAACUGUACCUCCCUUAAUCGCAGGAUUCUGCAGAGAGUGGUGUGGACGGCCCAGCGCAUCCGCAGUUGUGAACUUCCCAUGAUUCAGGAUAUUUACAAAAGCAGAUGUAUAAAAAGGGCCCAAAGGAUCACUGGGGACCUGAGCCACCCCAACCACAAUCUCUUCCAGCUGCUACCAUCCGGGAAGCAGACCGCAGCAUAAAAGCCAGGACCAACAGGCUCUGGGACAGCUUCUUCCACCAGGCCAUCAGACUGAUUAACUCACGUUGAUUUGAGUGUAUUCUAUGCUACAUUGACUGUUUUAUUUAUUAUUAAUUACUACGAUUGUACAUUUAGAUGGAGAUGUAACGUAAAGAUUUUUUCUCCUCAUGUAUGUGAAGGAUGUAAGAAAUAAAGUCAAUUCAAUUCAACCUUAUGGAGCUUUGGAACCAUUCAAAUGCAGUGGUUAGCAAACUUUUCAUGGGUUACCGCCUUCUUGGCUCCCAGAUGAAAACCCCACAAUUUUUAUCAGCAAUUUUAGAGUGUACAUCAGUAGUACAACUAUUUAUUACUUCAUUGCUUUUACGUCUUUCAAUGAGAUGGAUGGGCUUGGUGCAGUGACAUCACCUUCUCAACGUUAGGCUGAAUGCCACUCAGAUUGAGUCUCAGUUUAGUAAUUUGCAGUCUGUUUCAUUGCUUUGAAAGGAGUUGGCUGACUGCACUGAAACUAGGCACCACUAAAAAUGCUGUUGGAAAGGAAAUAAAGAACAUGUAUUUAUCUUUUGAGAUACUGUGGAACAGGCCUUUCUGGCCCUUCAAGCCAUACCACCCAGCAGUCCCUCGAUUUAAACCUAGCCAAUCACGGGACAAUUUACAGUGGCCAAUUAACCUACCAACCGGUACGUCUUUGGACUGUGGGAGAAAACUGGAGCACCCGGAAGAAACCCACGUGGUCUUCUUUUUGCGAUUGACUCUUUACAGGCAGUACCAGGAAUUGAACUCGAGUUGCUGGUACUGUAAAGCACUGUGCUAACCACUAUGCUACCGCACAUUCAGAGGUUUCUUUCUACAAGAUUUGAGUUGAGUUUUUGAACUUUGGCUUCAGCUCAAAGUCAUUGUGUAGCAGGAUCAGUUCUUCCUCUAUCCUUUCCGUUAGUUCCUCAUUUCAAGUGUUCAGGAAUGGAUUUCAGGUGAGGGCCCGGAGGGGAAUGGAAGCCUGGCUGGGCCAGGGUUAGGGUUAGGGUUAGGGUGUAAUUAUGUGGGCAAUGGGAAAAUUAUCCCUCUUCUUUUUCUUGAUGUCAUCACGGAGAUUCGUUGCCACUC